AUGACCAUCAUAGCAUAUAUGGACGAUAUAAAAGUACAUACUGGAAACCAGAAAGCAGCAUCAGCAAUCACCGAGAUGCUGCGGACAGCCGCCCAAGAACUGGGACUCUCUCUCAAUGUGGCAAAAUGUGCAGUAUACGGCCGAAACCUAAAACCAGAAGAAGUAGACGACAUGGAUCUACCAUAUGUAGACACAAACUACAAACACUUAGGCCUGUUCCAGAUUGAGAGAGAUCAAAAUGUCAACAUCGAGGUACUUGAAGAGAAGAUCCUACGACAAGCGAAAACCAUCAUGGAAUCGCGGUUGUCCAGUUUCCAGAAAAGAGCAAUCUUUAACAGCACUACCAUCCCGGCGGCGAUCUAUGUCACUGGCAACGUGUUAUUGCAAGAGUCCGUCGCAACUACCUUACUGACAUGUGAAAGUCUGGACAAGGAGAUAGGCAAAAUAGCAACGCAAGCCCAGAUAAAAACAAGAUCGACGUCCAAUCAACGGCUCUACAUGUCCACAUCAGUCGGGGGAUUGGGGUAUAAAAGCAUUGCAUUGGAAACAGCAAUCCACUACGUAAGAAGAUACUGGUAUCUCCAAAACAACGAAGAACUGGUUGUCACACGAGAGUACUACGAGUGCCUUAAUCGUGGAAAAUGCAGAACCCCUAUUAGCGACUACCAACAUGUAUUGGAAAAAUAUAAAGUAACGAACAUCGAGGCGACCGACGAAGCUGAUAGAAGAAAAGCUGCUCAAACAAUAAUCAAGGCGAUCUAUGAGCAGAAUGACAGGGAAAGAAAGGAAACAUGGGCAAAGUCAAUGUUUUACCCUAAAUUGAUAGUAAAAUACUAUAAUAAGAUCUCCUUUCCGGCCAUUCAAUGUAGACAGCUAGACUCGUCAAAGCUGAGUCUACUCAACGCCGCAGCAGAAGAGCAAUGGUUCGCAAUGAGGGGAAUUUCAAAGCAGAAUGGAGGCAUUUGCAGGAGGUGUCGCAGCCACGAAGAAACAGCUUACCAUGUAGUAACGGCCUGCAAACACAACUACGCCGAGCGACAUGAUUUCGUGGCAUACUGGCUAAUAAGAACCAUCAUCGAAGCAACGAAGGCGCCAGUGGUUGUCAAAAAUCAGCUCAAAUUUGGAAGAGCUAAUUUGAACUGCGAAUAUACGACCGAGGGCAGAAGAAUAAAUAUUACGUGUGGCAUUCCGGUUCUGACUCCACAACGUAUCCAUCAUAAGAAGCCAGAUGUACUGGUCAAGGUCGAGAAAGAAGACAAAACAACCAUCUACGUCUUCGAAGUGGUGAUACCUCAUCUCCAAAACUACGAAACCCAGGAAGCCGUGAAGAUCACAAGGUAUGCAAAAAAUUCAGUAACUCAUGUCGAUCACUUAAAUUACAGCACUGUGGGGCGGGAUGCCAACCUGGUAGAUGAGCUACGUCAGAUGAACCGUUGUCCAGUAAAGUUUGGUGUCAUGGCGAUAGGGGUUUUUGGCGAGGUGCUAUCAACUGACACACAAAAGAAGCUAUGGUCAUUGUUAGCCGAAAUGGGUGUAACAGAAACACAAAUAAGAUCCCUGUUGGAAAAAGCUGCCUACAGCGCAUUGACUGGAACAGCCAGAAUCUUAAUGAAACACGUCGGAAAGCAGGAAGAAGAACAAUGA